CUUUAUAGACAAAUUGUUGGCAAUACCUGGAGUGAUAAUGGAAGAACUUCUGUUUGUUAUGAUUGCAAAAUAGAUUCGGAUUUGAUACUUAAGCGAAAUUUUAACAAUAUUUUGAUAUGUUCAUUAAUUUAUUUACAUCGGACAUGUCAAUGAAAUUACACAGAUUGAUUGAUUUAAGCAUAAUCAUUCACUAGUAACUUUUAAAAAUUACUUUUAAAGAUGGCGUCGAUGCAUAAAAGACUGCAAAAGGAGCUUUUAGCUAUACAGAAAGAACCACCUCCUGGUGUCAAAGUCAAUCCUGAAAACAUUGGACCAACUUUAACUCAAUGGACUGUUGAUAUGGAGGGAGCAGUUGGUACUCUUUAUGAAGGAGAAAAAUUUCAGUUGCUGUUUAAGUUCACAACCAAGUAUCCAUUUGAUUCUCCAGAGGUUACUUUCAUAGGACCAAACAUUCCUGUACAUCCUCAUGUAUAUAGUAAUGGGCACAUUUGUUUAUCUAUUUUAACAGAAGAUUGGUCUCCUGCUUUAUCCGUUCAAUCUGUGUGCCUCAGUAUAGUUUCUAUGCUUUCCAGUUGUAAAGAAAAAAAACGGCCACCUGACAAUACUCUAUAUGUCAAGACCUGUAGUAAAAACCCUAAGAAAACUAGAUGGUGGUAUCAUGAUGAUUCUGUUUGACAGCUUGCAAAUGGUAGAAAUCUUUUAAAUUUUGACACGCUUCUAUGUAUACAGAAUACCAACAGUAUGCAUGUUCUCUUGCACCCUCUGUCCUAAUGUGCAAGAUAUUAGAGAUGUGAGAUUAAAUACAGUUUUGUAAUUAUAUUAUGUAAAGGCUUUUUUACUUCCAACUGUAAAUUAACUAUGUAAAAUAUAAUAAGUCCUGUUUGUAUGAGUAUAUUAUUAACACUAAGGGCUGAAGCAUAAUUUGUGAUACAUUUUAGAUUUUUAAAGUUUUAAAUAUACUUUAUUUUCAUUUAUUUGCCUAUUAUUUGUGUUGUAGUCACUGGAUUAUUAAAGUGACUGUUUAUGAUAAAAUGUGACAGAGAACAUGACUUUUUAUUUUCACUAUAUAGUUCAUAAUCAUAAAUAGAAGUUUUUGUCCAUGGGUAUCAUUCUUUUUAUGCAGUAAUCAAUUAAACGAAAAUGGUUUUUCUUAAAUUACUGAAGUAGCAUGAAUAAAUUAAUGACUUAUGUGUUUAAUAAUAAUAUAAAGGAAUUAAAUGUAUUCAAGUGAAACUAAAAUCUCAAGUUUUAAACGUUAUAAAACAUGUGUUUAAAUUUUACUUAGCUCCUAAUUGUUUAAAAUUUAAGGUAAUGGUUAAAUUUCAAGUGCAUUUUUGUUUUCUGAAUUGGUGUGUAAAAAUUGUAUAUCAGUCUAAAAUAAUAAGGUCAUGUUCUUUUAUCAUGUUGGUUGUGUAUUAUUUUUACUAAUUUAACAAUGAAAUACAAAGUUUUAAUCUCACUUAUAUUAAAAGUGUUUUAUGACAUAGAUAUACUUGCUAUUUCCUAUCAUUAAGGUGAUUUACGUUACAAUGUGAUUAAGUUAGAUGUGAUAGUGUAAGGUGAUUAUGUUAAAAAGGUAUUUUAACUGCCUUAACUAUACAAUCAAGUAAUAUGCAUUUGCUUUUUAUUUUUUCUUCCCCAUUGGAUUGUUUAAAAUUAUGUAUUCUCACAUUUUGUUUUCAUUUCACUUCAUAUCUGUGAUGGUCAAUUUAGAACUGAUCCUGAGUACUUUAGAAUUAAUUAAUUUCCAGUGUUCUAUAACUUCAAAUCCUAAGUUUUGAAUGAUAUUAUUAUCGAUGUUAAUGCAGUUAUUUUUUUUUAUCUGAAAUUGUACUAGCACAGGUUGUUUAUUAUUCCUUAGUGGACCAUUUUUCUGUGUAUGUAUAUAUAUUUAUUGAUUCAAUGUUGGUAAUUAUUAGGUUGAAAAUGCAUUGAAAAAUGUCUACACUCCUUGAUUAUUAAUUUUUUUGCUGUAGGUACCUCUACAAGUCUCUUUAAAGUGUGUUUUUUAACCAUAGGUGCGUUUAGUAUUUUUAGAAUGGUAGUACUUCUGAAUGGCUAAAACUGUAUGUGUGUGUUUUUUCAGACAUUUAUUACUUAGUUCAAAAUGGCUGAUACUACGCAAUUUAAAACUAAGUUACAGUUAUAUUAAAUGGAAUACUUGCUGUACUUCUUGAAAAGUGCAUUUAGUUUAAAACUAAAAUUUCUUUCAAGUAACUUCUAAAUUUGGAAAAAUGCCAAAUAAUAGGAUUUUCCAAUCUAAAAAUUCUCCUCUAAUGGGAUAAUGUUAACCAAAAAAAGUUUUUUUAUUUAUGAAUGUAAUUAUUAAUUAUUAUAAUAUUAUUUAGUUUAAAACUUGCUUAGUUUUAAGUUUAAAAAGAUCAGUCUAACAUAAAAACGGUACAAGGACUGAGCUCAAAUCUUUCAUAAUUUUAAUAUUAAAAAUGUGAAUAAUUUCACAGUUAGUUUAUGCUUAUUUAACAGAAUUUAUGCUUAACAUUUUAAAUAUAAUUUCAUUUUUUCUUGUGAAUUCAAAUAAAUAAAUUAAUAAGUAAAUAAAUAAAUAGCUGCGAUGGCUCAGUGUCCUUGUGAAGUACAGGGUCUUGAUCUUUAGUGGUGAUUUGAAACCCACACAGCUGAUGAUCAAUAUGUACAGUUUGUCUGGGAAGUGUUUGUGCACAAUGCUGACCACAUUGCUAAAAGCAUGAGGCUGGUCACGAAAUUCUAGAGUCUUAACUUCCAUGACCUCCAAGAAAUAAUUUUACAACUUAACGAGAACAUAUCUAGAUGUAAAAUUUUUUUGAAUGAGUGAUUUUUAAAUUAAAAUACAACUUACACUCAAAUAUUUCUUUCAACUUUAUUAAAAAGUUUAUACUAGAUGUUAAAUGCAUUUUAAAAUGUGUGGAUAAGGAUUAAAUACCCUUUUUUUAGUUACUUAUUAAACUUUUUAUUUUACAAAGACAGAGUCAGAAUUGUGUAAAGAAUGUAACAUGAUGCAAUAACACCCUGAAUUUACAUAAUUUCCCCCUCCAUUUCUGAUUAUUAUUUGCAUUUUUGAAUCCCUUUUUAUUAUGAUGUUUGUUUAACGUAGAAUCAAUUUGCUAAUUUUCAAUGUAUUCUAAAUUGUAUUUGAUUGAAACUAACUUAAAUUCAUUAUUUCUAUUGCAAUUUUUGAUUUUUUCUUUUCUUUUUAAAUUCUGUUAAAACUGUUACUACUUCAUAACUAAACAUUUUAUACUAAGUUGAUCUAAGCAAAUGAUAUUAAAUUUUGCUCAUUUUCUUUUAACUACUGUUCAAUUUUGUCAAAUUUCUCUGUAUCUAUAACUUUUGGAUAAAAUAUCACGUUUUCGUGCUAUUACAGGUGAACCCCGAUUAUCCAAUGCUCAAUAUGACACUCUUUGUUAUUUAAAACUAUUUUACUUCUGGCUUUCAAAUAACUGUAUUCAAAAAAGUUGUUUGAGAACUUAUUAAAAAGACUUUUUAACCUAUUUCAUGAUUACUCUUAAUUGACAGUUGUUUGUGAUGAUACAGUGUAAUGUGUCAUUUUAAUGUAUAAAUUUUAUUAAUCUAAGUCACAAUGUGUUAGCCUUGAAUCAUGUUAAAUGAUUCAUAAGUCUCUCGUAAAUCACAAAGUAUGUCAACAAAUGAUUUAUUGUGUGUAGUUUGGUAAUUUGAAUGCAUGACAAUAAAUCAGUCUCAAUGUGUAAUUCAUAUGUCACAUGAAGAUAUCAGAUUUGUAAAUUGAAAAAAAUAGAGAUUUUGCAUAGUGUUCCCUUUCCUAUAGAGCACACAAACACGUAAAUAAGUAAAAUAUAUAAAUCAUUUUUAACACUAGAAAAACUGAAAUACCUAGAUUCCAAAAAGCAGUCAAAAUAACUGCAUUGUAAAAGAAUAACUAAUGUAUAAAGAAAUUUGCUUAAAAUUAAUUUUUAAUAUUAUUUUCAGUUAUAUUACAAGUUAUUAGUAAAUAUUAACAAUCAAAAAUUAUAUGUUUUACAAGAAGUCACAAAAUUCUAAGAAAUUGUGUCAUCAUUGUUUUUCUAAUUGAAAUUAAAGGAUCAAAAUGACUUCCUUGGGCAAUCUAGUGAACUGUUACCUUUUAAUUUCUCUAAAGCUCUACCUUUUUGCAUUUCUACAGUUGCAGUUUCUUUCAGAUCCAUUUUAAAGAAUUAAAGCUUGGUAUCUAUGAAUACUGCCAAUUAAAUUCUAAAUACCCUAUGAGACUAGCAGCCAUUUAUUUUUGAUAAUUUUACUUAUGUUUAAAAGUUAGUAUGUUGGGGAAAGUGAAGUUAAUAAAACACUUUUUAUUAUCUGGUUUUUAUUUUUGAACAUACUUUUGUUCCUUUUGAUGUUGGGUAAUCAAGGUUCGAUUCUGUAUUUUUACUCUUAUAUGUGCUUAAAGUGAAUAUAUUUACCAAAUAUAUUAUGAAAUUAUCAUUUAAAUGAAAUGAUGGCAUAUCCAUGUAAAUAGAUUAAGUGUUGAUAUUAAAGUAUAUAGGUAAAGUAUUGAUAUGAUUAAAUUAAAUAUUUUAUUUAUUGCCUGCAUUGUUUUGAGGAAAACGCUGAUGCUUCAUAUUGUACAUUUGUACCAAUUUAUGAUUUAUUUUUAAAAUUUCUCUCUUUUUAUUUAUUUUACCUAUUAGUAGCUUGCUUAAAAUUAAAUGCUAUUACUGAAACAAGCUAUUUUAAAGGUGUGCUUAACUUAUGAAAUUGUAUAAGUAUUGUGUUUAGGAUAAUAAAUUAAUCUUGUAGACUUGUUAGGAAUAAAACAUUGCACUUUUAUGCUUGCUUUUAAAUUAAAAGAAUUCAUAAUCUAAAGUUUACACAUAAAGUAACCCUAAACAAAAAAUAUUCUAUGAAAUGCUUUAUUUAAUUAAUGUUAAAAAAUUUCCUUCUCAUGUUUUUAGCACAUAAAAUUGUUUCUCUUUUCAAUGUUCUUAAAUUUAUAUCCCUUUUUUUCACUUUCUAAGGAAUAAGAAAGUUUAUUGAUUCAGCUCCUCUAUUUCAUUCUUGUUUGAUAUCUAUUUUAAAUUAAAAUGCUUUGGCUAGCAAAACUUUCUAAACUUUAAAAUAUUUAUUUUGAUUAUUUCAUUGUUUAUUUUGUUGCAAUUAAUAUUUUUGAUUCAUAACAAUAUUGAUGAGUUCAGUCCAUGCAGAAAGACAAAUAUGAAAUGUAAAUUAAGAAAAUAAAUUUUAGUUUAAAGUUGUA